GGCAGCAGCUGGGGCAGAAGGAGACAGACAGACGGACGGACAGACAGCCUGAAGAGAAGCAAAGGGACAGAGUCUGGGAGAGUUUAGUGGGUUUUUUUUUCUUCCCUUCUUCCACAUCAAUGGAGGUUUUCUCCGCAGCACAGGAGCACAACAAGUGACAAAUCCGCUCGACAUGGCCAAAGAUCAGGAAGUGGAGCGCAUCGCCAAAAAGCUGGAUAAAAUGGUGCACAAGAAGAACACGGAUGGGGCUCUUGACUUGCUGAGGGAACUAAAGAGCAUCAAGAUGUCUCUGGAGACCCUGCAGUCGACGAGAGUUGGGAUGUCGGUGAACGCGGUGAGGAAACAGAGUUCAGAUGAAGAAGUUCAGACUCUGGCCAAAGUGCUCAUCAAGUCCUGGAAGAAACUGCUCGACGGUUCGGAGGGGAAGCCUGAAGAGAAGGAGAAGAAGAAGGACGGCUCUCCGGUGAGAUCGUCGUCCACCUCCAAGGACUCUGGCAGCAGUGAGAACAGUAAAAAGCCCGGGGAGACCCCCACCACCCCAACAACCCCAACAACCCCGACCACUCCCACCACUCCAACCACUCCCACCCUCGCCCCUCGGUUCACCACCUUCCCCCCGGCCCCCGUCACGACUGACAGCGUGCGAACCAAGUGCCGAGAGCUGCUGGUGGCCGCCCUGCAGACUGACAACGACCACGAGACGAUUGGAGUCGACUGUGAGCACCUCGCGGCACAAAUCGAAGAGCAGAUCUUCCAGGAGUUGAAGUCCACAGACAUGAAGUACAAAACUCGUCUACGGAGUCGCAUCUCCAACCUGAAGGACCAGAAGAAUCCAGACCUGCGCCGGAACGUCCUGUGUGGGAACAUCUCGCCUCAGCGCAUUGCGUCCAUGACGGCUGAGGAGAUGGCCAGUGCGGAGCUGAAGCAGAUGAGAGAGGCUCUGACCAAAGAGUCCAUCAGAGAGCAUCAGCUGUCGAAGGUGGGAGGAACCGAGACCGACAUGUUCAUCUGCAACAAGUGUCACGGAAAAAGCUGCACGUACACCCAGGUGCAGACCCGCAGCGCCGAUGAGCCCAUGACCACUUUUGUUUUGUGUAACAGCUGCGGCAACAGAUGGAAGGUGAGGAAAGACUAUGAACAGCAAACGACUCCAUGUCUGACAAAUGUUUAA